AGGAACCAGGAACCAAGUGGGAGUGGCCUACUUCUACAGACUGAGACUGAGUCUGAGUCAGUGCCAGUCUAAAUUUGGCUUCCAACGUCGUAGGUAGCAAGCAAGUGCCACGCGGGUUUUAAAGAGGAAUUGAAUUAAUUUCGUUAAUUUAAACAAAAUGCAGAAUCCUGAUGAAGAUACGGAAUGGAACGAUAUUCUCCGGAAAAAGGGCAUAUUGCCCCAGAAAGAACCAGAAAUAACAGAGGAAAUGAUAACAGAGAUGAUGGAACAAACCAUCCAAGAGAAGCAAAGUGCAGAGGGCAGAUUAGGAAAGUUGUCUUUGGACCAGUUAGAUGAACUUGAAGAUGAUGAGGAUGAAGCUAUCUUGCUUGAGUUCCGAAAGAGGCGGAUCGAGGAAAUGAAAGCACAAGCUAAAAUUAAUAAAUUUGGUGAGGUCUUAGAAAUAAGCGCUCAAGAUUAUGUGGAAAAAGUUAACAAUGCUGGACCUGGAAUUUGGGUGUUCCUCCAUUUGUACAAACAGGGUAUUCCACAGUGUGCCUUAAUCAAUCAACAUUUUACAAGAUUAGCUGUCAAAUUUCCACAGGCAAAGUUCCUGAAAUCAAUAUCAACAACUUGUAUCCCCAACUUUCCUGAUCGCAACUUGCCAGCCAUAUUUGUAUACUUUGAGGGUCAGAUGAAGCGUCAAUUCAUUGGUCCUGCUGAGUUAGGUGGAGAGAAGCUUAAGCUGGAAGAGCUAGAAUGGAUACUCUCACGUACAGGAGGCAUUAAAACAGAUCUGGAGUCUGACCCCCGUGGCCCAAAGGUCAAAGAUGUCUUGAUGAGUUCACUGAGAGGCUACAACAAGGACAGUGAUGAUGAGAAUGACAGUGAUGAAGAUGAUUGGUAGCUCUGAAAAUAGAAUACAUUUAUGUAAUAUUUUAUAAUGUAUGUGGCUUUACAUUAAAUGAACAAACGAUA